ACUACCAGGAGACAACAAAAUGGCGAACAUUCUCCCACCACCUCCAGCGCUCCCCAGCGGUAGUGUCCAGUAUAUCCACUCCUCAGAGAAGGUCCAGUACGUUCAGUCGAGGGGAAAGAGAGGGAAAGAGCAUAAGAACUCGCUACAGCAGCAGAUUGAGGAGAUGAGGCGACAGAAGAAGAGAGAUGGGAAGAAUGAGGGAAGGAUUGACUUUAAUAAUCUAUCGAAACAAAUAGAUCCUUCAAAUUAUAGAAAUAGUCUGUUCCACAAUACUUGUACAUCAAUACUUGCCAAAGGCUACCACCAAUCAUUCACUGAACUAUUUGAGCUCGUCCAAAAGCAAAGAGAAGAUCACAGAAUAGCAGGACCAGGUGCUAUCCUACUCUCCCCACUGAUAGACGACAAACCGGAUAAACUGGACUACUUACAAGUUUGCCUCAUGAGUGCUGAAGAUGCUAGUCGUCGUGGUGACCUAGAAGCCGUAUAUUUAUCCCAACGUGACCUGGCACUUCAUUUUGAUCAGACCGGGGAUCACUGGCUUUCUGAUCAUUUCCAUAAUCGCUGCUUGGAAACUGGUAGACUGAUAAAAGGAGAUGGCAGACGUAAAGAAGGAGAGGCUCACUUCCAUGUUGGAUUGGCCUAUGAGAAUAGAGGUGAUUUGGAUAAAGCUGUGGAGCACAUGGAGAUAUUCUAUGAGCUGACAUCAGCCAAUAACUGGCAUACUGAGAAUGGUGAGAAUCUUUACCGUAUUGCCUGUGAACACUUGAGAAGAAUCUACACUACAAUUGCAGAGAAAUCAGAGGAUACCUCAUUAUUGAUAGAGUAUCUUCAAAAAGCUCAUACCAUGUCAAAGAAAGCUAAAGACACUUACCAAGAAGGACUGGCCUCCUACAGACUGGGCUGUGCUCAUGAAAAGAACAAAGACUUUGAUACUGCACUACAAUGUCACAAGAGUUUCCUGGAGAGAUCUCGUUACCAUAGUGACGAGGUCGGAGUAGGUAACGCCUACGAAGCAUUGGCUAGAUGUCACGAACAUAAAGGUGAUCUUGAGAGUGCUGUCCAGUGUCUUGAGCUGUAUGUUAAUGUAGCAGAGAAGAGUGGAGCUACUGAGUCGCUAGCUAAAUCAUGUAGAGCUGCAGGAACCAUCUUCAAUACACUCGUGAGUAAUAAUGUCUGCUUGGUUAUCUAAUCAUAAUGAUAAUGG